UUUCCGGUUUCGUCGGCCGUGUCGCAACAGCAGUGGCCCUGUGGCUGGACAAUAUCGCGCAGGUGGAGUGUGCCUCAGCAGCGAGGUGGCUCAUUGAAACACCGGUCGUUGCGCUGUCGAGGACUGAGGAGUUCAUACAUCACGAUGGGGUCGCAGAUGGUGCUAACCACGCUUUUCCGACUAGGAGGACUCGGUGUGAGACAAAUAGGCUACCGGGCUGCCGAUGUUCAUCGCGACCAGCUAUGUCAACGGUUGGCCAACCAGGCUGCUUUACGACGUCAUUUCUCCGCUCGUCAUUCGUCUCUGCGAAAAGACGACGUAGUGGACUCAAAACUGGAAAGCAGUCAAUCUUCCAAGAAGCCCUUGAUUGAACCAGAUGACGAAACGCGCUCAAUUUUGAAUGACAUUUGGCGCGACUUCGAGUGCGUGCCGCCAAAGCCGAGCCCUGCCGAAGGCGGUAGCAGCGGCAGUAGUCCAGCGCCCGCUGCCGCAACGAAAGGAGACCUGCCAAAAGAAAAAGGGACGGAUGGCCCUCGAAUCCGCAGCAUGCUGCAUUCUGCCAGGGCUAACGCCAAGAAGCUCUUUGCAGACGAAGACUCGUCGAUAAUCCUGGACUCGGCUGAGGAGCAAAGCGCAUUGCCUGAUGCUGAUGUGGAUUACAUUCCUCAAAACAUCAAAGUUGAUCCACUUGAAGGCUUCAACUUAAAACGUGGUGAAACUGGUGUCUUUGAAGUUGAAGAGCUGGUUAACAUUCUACGAGAAGAAAAGCUGUCUGACAUUGCUGUUAUCACAGUUCCAAAGGAGAUGACGUAUGCAGACUACUUGGUUUUAGCAACAGCAAUCUCACCACGUCAAUCUCGAGGAGUGACAGAAUUUUUGCGAAAAUUGUACAAGCGCAAGAAGGCUAGCACCGACCCAACCUUAUUCAUUGAGGGAGAAGAAAGUGCCGACUGGAAAGUGCUGGACAUGGGGAAUGUGGUGUUGCACGUAUUUUUGGCAGAAGCACGCAGACAUUAUGAUGUAGAGACCUUGUGGACUGUAGGAAGCCGCUAUGAUGACCUUACACAUGCAAAGGAUGAUCCAGUGUACAACCUGUUGCAGCAGCAGAUCCAACUGAUGCAGGAGAUGCAACCCAAAGAUCUUGAUGAUCGAUGUGCUUUGCAGUCUUGAUUUACCCUGCAACAUGCUUAAAUGUAUUUGUUAUGUCUGUUCACCUUGUUAUAAGUGCAACCGGUUAAUGUCAGUGUGUGUGCAUCGCCCCACAGAGUGUGGGUGUCUAGUGAAGAAUGCAGUUUGUGCUGUAUAAAUGUCAGGAAGAGCGAACAAAGCUGCUGGGUGGAUACUGGACUGCGAUAUGAAUGGAUAAGUGCUAUUUAAGUUGAACAGCAAAGUAUUUUGUUCUCACUUACGACUGAACCUUCAAGACUUAUUCACAUUUUCGUUUGUGCCUGAUGGUAAUUUGCCCACUGUGCAGUUUGUAGCAGUAUUGCCCAUCUCUAUCACUUGUGAUGUUGCAGGCUACACUAGGCUGAAACUUAAUGAGUGGUAAUAAGAAGUCUACUGCUGACAGUUUCAUAUCAGCCACUUCAUUGGCCAUAUCAACUGUGCAGGCCUACUUACCAUGCUGUAUUUGGGACUUAGGCUUUCUUAAUCAAACUUGUAGCUUGCAUAUUUAACUGGUAACAGCAUGCUUUCAAGAGAAAGCACUUUUGUUGAAAUCAGGUUGAUUUUGAACCUCUGAAGAUAUCUUUGUCAUAUUUGUCAUAUUGUUAAUGUUAUGCCCCAGGACAAGUGAAUUUAGAGCAGCAGUUCUAGUACUCAAGUGUGUCAUUUCAAGUUGGCAGCUGAGAGACUAAUCAGCACAACCCAUGCUUAUAUUGUGGAGCAUUCGAAGUAACAUGAGAUUAAUGGGUAUGGUUAGAAGUGACUGUGCAUUCUUAGGUGCCGAUACAUAUGUGCAGUCUAAUAGGGCAUCUGUCACAAGCAGCUGUGUUUGGUUAUGUACUAGUACUUUGUUAAACACAGGGUGAUGCCUCAUGGAAGCAGGAACUUCAGGUGACAAAAUAUCGCAGCUUUUUAAAUAGAGAAGCCUAGCAGCAAUCCUGCUAAGUGCACACCAUUACACGUUGUUGGCAGUAAACUCUAUUUUUUGUUUCCUGAAUACAGUAUUUUGAAUGUCUGUUAUUAAUGUGCUGCAGUAAAACCUCGUAAUGAAA